AUGCAACUAUUUGGCCAACGCCCUUUUCUGGCUGUAGUAACCGGGGUUGGGACUAUAUCUAAUGUAUUUGCAACCACACUACAAACCUCAACUAGUAAUGUGUUAUCUACAGCCUUUCCAUGGCCGCCGUAUGCGGACCUAGAGUACGCCACGGCUCUGCCGGAGCCAUCUAAAACGAUAACGUAUGCGCGGCCUUACUCGGAACUUGGAUCACUCGCCGGACCUCAGAGAACGACAACGUGGGCGAGCGUAGCUAAUCCACUCGACCCAGACGAUGAGUUUGGCAAUGUCGCUUGGUCGUCUCUUUGGGCCCCCUUUUCCGUGGACCCCCCUCCAUUUACAACAACAGUUACGCCAACGCCGAUCCCAAGCUCUCAGCUUAUAAAGCCGACGCCUCUACCUUUCUCGAUCGGCAAGGGCGAAACAGAUGAGUUCAAGUUUCCAGAAGACUUUGAAUGGGGGUUUGCCGGAGCCGCCAUGCAGGUCGAAGGUGCGACUAAGACUGAAGGAAGAGGUCCCUCGAUUAAUGAAUUCAUAAUCGGCCGUGGCCGACCGGUCGCCGGUUCUGGCCCACCAGAUAUUGCAGUGUUGAAUUAUUUUUUAUAUAAGCAGGACAUCGCAAGACUCGCUGCCUUGGGAGUCAAGUCAUAUAGCUUCAGUAUCGCUUGGUCGAGGAUCCUCCCGUUUGGGCAUCCUGGCUCGCCGGUAAAUCAAGAAGCAAUUUCCCACUAUGACGACCUUAUCAAUACGAUCCUAGAAUACGGCAUGGAACCCAUUGUCACCUUAAAUCACUUCGAUACGCCGUUGUAUUACUAUAACAUCGCUUCUUGGCAAGGAUACGAGCACCCCGAGUUUGUCGAAGGAUUUUUUAACUAUGCAAAGAUUGUAUUAACGCACUAUUCUGAUCGAGUUGGUACCUGGAUAACUUUUAACGAGCCGAACGUGGACGCCGCCGCGGCCAAGAAUUGGAAUGCGAGCUACCAUAUUGUGAUGGCUCACGCCAAAACAGUUCAUUUCUAUCGAGACCAAAUUAAAGGGAAUGCUAGAUGGGGCAUCAAGCUAGCCUUUCCUUCUGGAUUCCCACUUCCACUAGACCCCCAAAAUCCGGACGAUGUUGCACUCACCGAGAGACAGCUGGAUUUUUCUAUCGGUUAUAUCGCGAACCCACUAUACCUCGGGAUCCAAACUCCUUCUAGCGUCAUCGAAGCGUUGAAAUCCCGUGCGCCUAGAUAUACCGAAGAGGAACUACAGUAUAUCAAUGGUACUGCAGAUUUCUUCGCCGUGGAUAUAUACACUGCGAAUUAUAUCACUGCCCUAGAUGAAGGGACGGAGGCAUGUAUUGAAUAUAGCUCACAUCCGCAGUACCCAGCCUGUACAAAUAUUACGUCGGUGCGAGCAAACUGGCAAAUGGGGGCCGAAAGUAAUGGGGCUUCCUAUACCUGGUACCAGCAUGCCCGUACUAUAUUUAAGUACUUGCAUACGAAAUAUCCGACUGCUGAUGGCAUCACCAUUGCUGAAUUUGGAUGGGCUACUUUUCAUGAAGCCGAGAUGUCUCAAAAUCAAGCACGAGCGGAUCUCGCGUCAACACUUCUUUACCUGCCAAUUCUAAACGAGAUACUGAAAUCCAUUUACGAAGAUGGCGUGAAAUUUAAAGGUGCAUUCGGUUGGGCUUACGUUGAUAAUUGGGAAUGGGGCGAAUAUAAUGAUCACUUUGGGGUCCAAACAUUCGACAACGUAACACUUGUGCGUGCGUAUAAACGAUCCAUAUUUGAUUUCGUCGACUUUAUCAAGGCACAUAGUGAGACUUAG